AAAAAUUCUGAUAGUAGUAUAGUUUCAUAAAUACACAAGUCAACAUUAAUUAAAAUAUGAAUGAUCUAAUACAUUUGUAUCCAUUGGUCUCAUUUAACUCAAUUAUUAAAAUUUGGAAUAAUCAACCAACAUAUAUAAUUGUACAGUUACUAUUUAUAAUUGGAGCACUGAUAACUUUAAUUCAUGCAAUAACUUAUAAAGGGAGGCGUCUUUCAUUAUGGAUUUGCAUAACAUGUCAUGGUUUAUUAAUUGAAUUAAUAUCUUAUUUUCUGCCAGAAAUUGAUAAUUUUUGGCAUAGUCAAUCACCAAUCAUGUUGUUUGGUCACAGACUACCAUUACAUAUUUUAUUAGUGUACCCAGUAUUUUAUUAUUUAGCUAUAAUAACAGCAUACAGAAAAGGUAUAAAAAAACUUAGUCUAAUGCUAACAGUUGGUUUAAAUGUAUUACUCUUAGAUAUUCCUUUUGAUAUGAUAGGAGUCAAGUUCAUUCAUUGGACUUGGCAUGAUACAGAUCCAAAUAUUUUUGAUCGUGUUUAUUUAGUUCCCUGCACUUCAUAUUUUUUUUACAUGACAACCUCUGCAUCCUUUACAUAUUGGUUUUUCAACAAGGAAGUAACAUUUGAUGAAAUUUCAUUUAAAAAAGAAAUAGGAAUUUUUAUGAGAACUAUUAUGCUUAGUUUUCCAUGUGGAGUUAUAUGUUUUUCUAUAUUUUAUCAUCCUUUACAUGAUAUUUUUUAUAUUUCAACCCAAACAAUAGUCAUAUUCUUAAUUGCAUUAUACAAUAUAAUAGUUAAGAUUAUAAAAAUAGUACAAAAUAACGACCACAAAGAGAAUAAUGAAAAUAUGAAUACAAUAACUAUUUAUCUAGUGAUAUAUUACACAACAUUUUUUAUAUUAUCAUUAAUCGGAAAACCAGAAAAUGAAAUUUCAACAGGAAUUCAUGAAGAAAUUGGACCUUGCAAUAUUACAGUUAAUGCAUUUAACACAGAUUUAAUCAAACGUAAAUACUUAUGCAUUCAAGACUACAAUGAAGAAUAUGAUUUUCAUUGCAUAGAAAAUGCUCCUGCAAUAUUUAGUAAAAUAUAUACAAUUUGUGGAAAAGCUUUUGAAAAUCGUAUGGAAUAUGUUAUUAUUAUAAGUACAAUUGCAGUGGUAGCUUUGAUAAAAUUUAACAAUUCAUUUAACAUAAACAAAAUUACUAAAAAAAAGGUUUUAUAAAAAAAUUAAUGACAUCAAAAGUUUAUUUGAUUUAAAUUUAAUCAGUAGUUUUAGAAAAUAUUGUUCCAAGUAUUUUUGUUAAUUAAUAUUAAAAUUUUACUUUGCGUCUGUUAGUUAAACAUUCUUAAAUACCACCAAAGAGUAGAAAAAAUUGGACAAAUAACAUUAUGUUCGCCUAAGAAAUUAUAACUAUGAUAUACAUAUAUGUAUUAAACUUAUAUAUAUAUAUAAAGUAAAAUGUAAAAAAAAAAACUAAGUUAAUAGUAGUUAAAAUAAAAGCAUCCUCCCGUUUGUUGUUGGUAUACUUCUAUUGUA